UAUCCUCCCUCUUGCGUCCCUGUCGCGCCUGCGCGAUCUCAGCCGCGCUCUCGCUCACUCCCGGGAGGGUCGAUCUAUACCACACUAGGUACGACUACAGUGCCGUACCGCCGACUAGUACGCAGGUUUCUGGCGUCUGGCACAAACGUCAGUGGUUGCCAGUCGAGUAAAGGAACACAACGCGGCCGCAAAAAUGACGCGCGCCGUGCUUUUUAUAAGUGUUUUUACCAUAUUUUUGGACGUCCUCCAUGCCGGACAGGCGAGUAGCGGAGCGGAGCCGCAGGUGGCGGUGUUGUGCGAGGCGGGCGGCACCUACCACCCGCAGUACAUGUCAGCCGCCGGCCGGUGGACCCCCGACCUCACCACUAAGCCCCACAACUGCCUGAAGGACAAAAUGGAGAUCCUCGACUACUGCAAGAAGGUUUACCCCAGCCACGACAUCACCAACAUCGUAGAGGCAUCUCACUACGUGAAGGUCAGCAACUGGUGCAAGCUGGGCACGGGCAACGCUGCCAAGUGCAAGGUGACCCGAUGGGUGAAGCCGUUCCGUUGUCUUGAAGGUCCAUUCCAAUCGGACGCUCUGUUGGUGCCUGAGAGUUGCCUGUUCGACCACAUCCACAACCAGUCGCGCUGCUGGCAGUUCGCCAGGUGGAACGCCACCGCCGGACGAGCCUGCGCCCAGCGAGGACUCAAGCUCAGGACCUUUGCCAUGCUACUGCCUUGCGGAAUCAGCCUGUUCUCUGGCGUCGAGUUUGUCUGUUGCCCAAAGCACUUUAAGGAAAACGUGAAGAUGCACAAGCCCAUGGAUGUCGGCGUUCCCGUCAGCCCCGGUGGUGAGGAGAUGCUUGCGGCUUCAGCGGCCAUGGAUGAGCGUGAAGAUGACUUGCUUGAUGAUGACGAUGCUUUAGAUGACGACGAUGAUGAUGACACCCUGAACCUGAGCGAUGACGACGACGACGACGAUACUGACGACGAUAUGGAUGAAGAUGAAGACGCCGACUUAUCUCGUGAUGAUGACACGGAGGAUGACGACUACACCGAUACUGAGGACAACUCCUGGCCACGCCCCGAGACUUCAUCCCCACCAUCCACCACGACCACCACCACAUCCACGACUACCACUACUACGGUGUCUACUGCUACUUCGGACCCUUAUUUCUCGCACUUCGACCCUCGUACUGAACAUCAGAGCUACAAGGACGCUCAGCAGAGGCUUGAGGAAACUCACCGCGAAAAGAUCACCAAGGUAAUGAAGGAAUGGUCGGAGCUCGAAGACCGGUACCAGCAGAUGAUGAACACUGACCCCGCCGCCGCACAGACCUUCCGUCAACGCAUGACCGCUAAGUUCCAGUCCAACAUUCAGUCUCUUGAGGAAGAAGGAGUUGCUGAACGACGUCGAUUGGCUGCUCUUCACCAACAACGUGUCCUGGCUCACCUCGCUCAGCGUCGCCGCACCGCACUCGCCUGCUACACUCGCUCCCUUCGAGACACCCCUCCUAAUGCUCACCGCGUCCAGAAAUGUCUGCAGCGUCUUGUGCGUGCGUUGGCCGCUGAACGAAGUGGAGCUUUGGCCGCGUGGCGCCGCGCCGCCGCCGCCGGACGCGAGGCCGCCGCCGCCGAGCGGGCCAGUGCUGCUGACCGACUGCAGGAUGCUGACCGCGCUCUUCAACGUGCUCUGACUGCUCUCCGCCGCCGACCCCAUCUCUAUGCCAACAUUGGAACCGCUAUUGAAGACUACGUUCAGUCCAUGCAAUCCAAGGACGACAUGGCCGUAUCCCUGAUGUCCAUGACUCCCGAAGCCGAGGAACUACUGCUGGACCGCAUCGAAGCCGAAGUACAACGUGAACAGGCCGCUCGUGACCAGCUCAACGCCAAACGUGACCAACGCACUCGCCAGCGACAGGACAUCCAGAACGAACGCGAGAAGACUUCAAACGGUGUUAAGGAGAGCUUGGAAACUGACGAUGAAGCCAGCGAGGCGAGUGAGAUCGAGGACUCGUCCAGCACCCGCGGGCCUGCACCUUCCGCAUCCGCUCCCCCCUCCGCCUCCCCCUCCGCCGCCGCUAGCGUAUCCCCCCUGCCCUCUGCUGCCUCCGUCACCCCGCAUGACAUCACCACCCAUGCUGCUUUCUCACAGGACACUACUACCACCGAAAUCAUUACGAGCACGAUGACCGACAUUCCGGAGAGCGAGACUGCUGAGACUGGCGAGAUUAGCGAGACCUCCAGCCGACGAUCGACUAGCGAGACUGAGGGAGAAGGCUUACGGGCGGCUCUAGAACAUGCUGAGGAACGCGCUCCACCACCGCCCGCGCAUGCGCUCAAACACGAACUGCAGCACUCGCAGCCUGGCUACACAGUGCGCGGCGCAGGCGGGCUGGGGUCCGGGUCCACGGGCGCGGGCGCGCUGUACCCGGCGCUGUGCGUGGGCGGCGCGGCGCUGGCGGCCGCCGCCUGCGUGGCGCUCGCCGUGGCGCGCCGCCGCGACCGCGCGCCGCCCGCGCAGGGCUUCGUGCAGGUUGAACAGACCGGCGCCGUCGCCCCGACUCCCGAAGAGCGACACGUAGCCAACAUGCAGAUCAACGGCUACGAAAACCCCACCUACAAGUAUUUCGAGGUCAAAGAGUAAAUUCUUUUCCUCAGCCAUCUCCCCCUCCCCCCACCCGACCCCAUCAGGAGUGCGCGAAGCUCGCCAAGUCCAGCCAAGUGAUUGAAACCCAUCGGUGAAAUCAACUUUGGACGGGAGUGUUAUAGAUUGUUGUGGAGUCCUUUCGGCCAUUUCUUCAGUCUAUUCCCUUUAAAUAAUUACAGUAUCAUGAACAAUGAAUCUCAGAUAGAAAUUGGAAAUCGUCCCAUCGAUAUUUAUCACGACUAAGAUGCUGCUACAAAGUUUUGAAGGGAAUAGACCGAUAUCUAAAUUAUUGUGAUGUGUGCUAGAUGCCCCUAGAGACAGGGUGUUUUUUCUACCCUACACCUUUAUCUAUUGUCCUCAGCCUAAUUCUUUAUGGAAUGAAUGUGUGUGAAACUUAUAUAUUGUUCGGUGACGCCGCACUCCCGGCGGGGAGGGUCCCCCCUUUUGUUAUAAACAUUCAUUUAAUAAAGCUUGUGUGAUUAGUGGGAAUCUUCGUUUGCCGUAACGCGGUCAGUCAUACUGUUAAGGUUAGAAGUGAUAACGGUUUAUGUUUUGUUAUUUAUUUUAGCACCAAAAUGUUUUUUUAUUAUUAUUUCUUAAGAACUUAGGUCUAAGUUUCUUUGUCUAGUGUCCUAGAAUUCAUAAGUGUCACUGUAGUGGAAUUUUAAAUUAAGUUUUUGAUGCCGCUCCCGCAGUGGUGACGUCCGACGGACUCACUUGUCCUUUGGUGCGUUUUGUUAGUCGUUACUCGAAUGAUCUCAGUUUUAGUCUGUCUAUCGUUUAGCUAUAGUUUCCCUGUACUAGUUCGUUGAAUGUUACCACUGGGGCGAGUGGAACAAACGUCCAUGGUACGCUGUGUAUAUAGGCUCCGCGUACAAAUUUGAACUUAAAUUACUAACACCUAAUGCCCGCUUUCAUUUAAUUUUCUAACGUAGGUAGAACAUAACGUGAAUUUUAUGUAAUAAAUGCGGAAAUAUAUUUUAAUAAUUAAUGUGUACUUAGCAAUGGGACGGGCGGCAAAGCCGGCGCGGGUGAACGAUUCUCGUAUUCACAUCUUCUAUAACAUUCCUUCAUACUAUUUAAAGUUCAGUAAUGAUAAGUUGUCGGUAUCCUGUCUCUGUCUGCGCCACACCCACUUGGGUCCUUCUCGUUCGCCCGCGGGACAAUACUCAAGUUCCCGAGGUGAGAGGUCGCCGUGUACUCAACGUGCGUUUAGUCAUUAUGAAUUCUCGUCUCACAUGGAUUCGCGCCGCGACAUUCAGUGUGCUAGCAUUUGUUUAUCUAGUCAAGGCAACAGGGGCAUCUAUAUUUGGCAAACAUUUGGGCAAACGGUUGUGUACGCACCUUGGGUACGCGGUCGCGAGGCAAAUAAGCUUAGUGAGUGUAUGUACGGUUAAUAUAUAAGUAGAUGUACAAAAGUAAUACAUUAUAUAGAUGUUUUAGCGUCAGAUACAUAGAUAUAAAGCAAAAUAUAAUUAUAUAUCGCAUUCGUCCGUAUAAAGUAAGGGCUUGCGCUCGUGUCUAAUCCCACGUACCACACUUAAUGUUACGUCGUAGUUAAGAUGUAAUUCUGCCUCAGUAUUAUAUACAUUUAAGCUUAUUUGUUACAUAAGCUAAUUUAUAUACACUAUUUCUAUUUAUUUACGGGCGUAGUGGCGUUACUACAAAUGAAGUCAUAUCAGAUGCGCCACGGCGCUCUGUUGCGUCUGUUUCGCUGCAAAAGCUCUGUAGGCGGCGCCACUGGCGCUACGAUGUAAGUCGCGGGGUGCGCAACAGAUGGCGCUGACCGAACUGCCUCGCGGCGAGACAGGCGCGAGUAGACGCCCGCCCGUGCUUAUUGUACGGCAUUUACGUAAGUUACUCACUGUGUAUAACGUAAGUUUAAUCCCGCAUCAAGUAACCGCUAUGUAUUUUUAAUAUGAUGGUAAUGAGCCGACCACUUAUUUUUUUAACAAAACUUUUUGCUCAAAAUCAGCUGUCUCUUGUCGGUAUAGGAUGUCUACUUUCAUUCGAUAUAACUUUAUUGUCGUUCGUCAACAAUACUCGAUGUUAGUAGUACCUAAAACAUGGUUUAUGUAAUGUACCUUUUUCCAAUCACUGUUUCACGUAUUUUAAUAAGUAUUCUACAUAAUAAUUAAUGGUUUGAUGAUUUUUGUGUUUACUGUGCUGCAUUUUAUUGUGAGUUCGAAGUUCAAAUUGAAUCAAUAAAUAGAAAUUAUAAUA